AGGCCCGUGGGUGGACUUGGCGUCGGGGAGAAGCACGGCGAUACUUGCGCCUUACUUGCUGCUAGUUGAUUGUAAUUUUUGUUUGUUGAGGACAGAUUUGGAGGACACUGACGUGUCCGUUGUCGCGGUUCUCACGGCUCUUGUCAGUUGUUGAUUCGUAGCCCGAAAUGCACGGUCAUGGAGGCUAUGACUCUGAUUUUAGUGAUGAUGAACACUGUGGAGAAUCUAGCAAAAGGAAAAAAAGGAUUGUUGAAGAUGAUUUACUGCUUAAAAAGCCAUUUCAGAAAGAAAAACAUGGAAAAGUGGCCCAUAAGCAAGUUGCAGCAGAAUUGCUGGAUAGGGAAGAAGCAAGAAAUAGAAGGUUUCAUCUCAUAGCUAUGGAUGCUUAUCAAAGGCAUACAAAGUUCGUAAAUGACUAUAUUUUAUACUAUGGUGGCAAAAAAGAAGACUUCAGACGUUUGGGGGAAAAUGACAAGACUGAUUUGGAUGUUAUAAGAGAAAAUCAUAGAUUCCUAUGGAAUGAAGAGGAUGAAGUGGACAUGACUUGGGAGAAGAGACUUGCAAAGAAAUACUAUGAUAAAUUAUUCAAGGAAUACUGCAUAGCAGAUCUCAGUAGAUACAAAGAAAAUAAGUUUGGAUUUAGGUGGCGAGUAGAAAAAGAAGUAAUUUCAGGAAAAGGUCAAUUUUUCUGUGGAAAUAAAUAUUGUGAUGAAAAAGAAGGCUUAAAGAGCUGGGAAGUUAAUUUUGGUUAUAUUGAGCAUGGUGAAAAGAGAAAUGCACUUGUUAAACUAAGGCUAUGCCAAGAAUGUUCCUUUAAAUUAAAUUUCCAUCACAGGAGGAAAGAAAUCAAGUCAAAAAAAAGAAAGGAUAAAACCAAAAAAUAUUGUCAAGAGUCAUCACAUAAAAAAUCCAGAUUAUCUUCUGCAGAAGAGACCUCCAAGAAGAAGGAUAAAGGACAUUCAUCUUCAGAGAAAGAAGAUCCUGUAAACAGAAACUCUGAUGAGGAAGAAAGUGCUUCAGAGUCCGAACUGUGGAAGGGUCCACUACCAGAGACAGAUGAAAAGUCCCAGGAAGAAGAAUUUGAUGAGUAUUUUCAGGAUUUGUUUCUGUGAGAUGGGAGAGAGAAGCUUACAUUCCUUAAUGUGGACAUUCACUUUGAAACAUCAUAAAAGUUCUGUCUACAGGUUGCAGCUGGAGUGGUUUGUCUUUGGAAAUAAAAAUUCAGCUACUCUCACAAUGUGAUGCUUUAGAGAUGCAUUAGUUCUGUGUUUUCCCCUGUCCCUUAUGUGAAGUGACUUCAAAACACUCAUGGAAAAAUGAAAGGAGAGGUAAGUUUACUUUGGUACAAACCAUUUUGAAAUCCAUGUAAACUUUUUGAAGACUCUUUUCAGUUGCUUAUCCACAACUGUGUCACCUUUAGCUUCAUUGAUGAAUGAUACACUAUUUUAAGUGGCACUUAAACAUGGAAAUGAUUGGCAUUAAAUGGCAACACUGAGCAGCCUUGUGUCUAAUUUGAAAUGGUUGGUAUCAGAGGUUUUCCUUUAAUUGUACAGUUAUUUAUGAAUUCCACAGGUUUCUCUGUGUGUGAGGCAGUGGGGCACUGCUGUCAAGGAGCUUCCAGAACCAUUGCUGAGCUUCUGUCAGGAAAUCAGGGUGCAUAUUAAUGUCAAGCAUUGUUUGAAAAAACAAAUUUCCUCAAGAAAUGAGGGGAUUAUCUCACUACUUAUGAAGAAUAAAAAGCAAUCUUUAUUUCCAAGGUAAAAGUGCUUAAAAUAUUCAGCUGUAAAACUGAUGGUAGUAGCAUGGUGAUGACUUUAGGAAGCAACUUACUUGAGUGUAUAUAUGAUUUAGCCAUUCCUCACCUCAAUUUGUUUUUACAUUUAUUCAGAGUAGUAUUCAUUCACAUUUACUGAGUGCUAGGCACUACCCUAGGUACCAAGAUAGCACUGUGAACAAAAUAUACAAAAUCCCUACGCAUGAACUUUACAUUGUAUUUAACUGUUAAAUAAUAUAACAAAUGGUCAUUUAUUUCUGGGCUGCUUAAAAUUGAACAUUCUUUUGUAUGUAACAAGACUUUUUGAAGUUUAAUUUUCAACUCAGUUCCUUAUAAUGUGCAUAUCUUUUGACAAAAAUAUGACAAAAUAUGCCAUAACUAUUAUGUCCUAUUUUCAAAUUUCAUCCAUGAUUUUUUAAUAUAUGUAUAUAAAAAUUUAUUAAUUUGAAGAUCUUCCUCUGUCUCUCCCUCUGAUGUUCUGCCCAUCAAUUUACUUGUUCACUCCCCAGAUGGCUGCCGAGGGCCAUCUUUUGAUUCCUUCCCAAGUACAUUAGCAGGGAACUGGAGAGAAGUGGAGCAGUCAGGACUUGAACCAGUACUCUGAUAUGGGAUGCUGGCUUUACAGCAGCUUAAUCUGCUAUGCCACAAUGCCCCCUUAUCUAUGAUUAUAGAUGAGUAAAGGAAGAGGUUUCUUUGAUACCUGGAAAGAUGUACACUACGUAGUGGAAGAAAUGGAUUAUUCUUAGUUUCCCUCAACAAUUUAGUAUAUAAAAUGACUGUGCUAGUUCUAUUAAUAAUUUUUUUUUGACAGGCAGAGUUAGAGAGAGAAAGGUCUUCCUUCCAUUGGUUAACCUCCCAAAAUGGCCACUAUGGCUGUUGUGCCACGCCCCGCUGAGCCAAUCCAAAGGCAGGUGCUUCCUCCUGGUCUCCCAUGCGAGUGCAGGGCCCAAGCACUUGGGCCAUCCUCCACUGCACUCCCAGGCCACAGCAGAGAGCUGGCCUGGAAGAGGGGCAACCAGGACAGAAUCCGGCGCCUCGACUGGGACUAGAACCUGGUGUGCUGGCGCCGCAAGGCGGAGGAUUAGCCUAGUCAGCCGUGGUGCCAGCCUCUAUUAAUCAUUUUUAAAAAGUAAUCUUAACUGAAGUCUUCCCAAAUUGCUUUCAAUAAUGAAGUUUUUAAUGGUCAAACCAUGUCAUAUUUCUUGGAUAAUCCUAUAGCUAAGUAUGUUUUAUAAAGCAAUAAUUCUGCAAAUUCAAAAAUAUUCAUUAUACAUAUAAAAGUCAUUGAUUCUAGAAUUUGAAAAGGGGAGACAUAGGAUAAGAACACAAUUUAGUUUUUUUAAAUUGCUAAAGUUGAUAGAAUCAGGGCCAGCGCCGCAUAUGGGCGUCAGUUCAAGUCCCGGCUGCACCACUUCCGAUGCAGCUUUCUGCUCUGGCUUGGGAAACCAGAAGAUGGCCCAAGUGAUUAGGCCCCUGCACUCGCAUGGGAGACGCGGAGGAGGCUUCUGGCUUUUGUGGCCAACUGGGGAAUGAACCAGCAGAUGGAAGACCCCUCUCUCUCUGACUUUCAAAUAAAUAAAUCUUUUUUUUUAAAGUUGA